AUGAAAAAAAGUAAUCCAGCUAGUAAAGUAACUUCUCCAUAAGGCUAGCAAAAAUAAGGAUCUCAAAGCUGGAUGACAGAGAGUUAAGUAAAAACAAUAGUGCAAAAUUGUAAUAGUUAAUUAAAAUAAAUUGAAACAUAGACGGAUGCUUUAAGAUAACAAUUAGCUUAAUAAGACAAAUCUAUACAAACAAUUACUUAAAAUAUAACCAAAAUAAAUUUAGAUUAUGAAAAUACAAAAGUAGAUGCUGCUCACGCUGAAAGUUUAUACAAUAUACUCAAAAAAUAUAAUGAGGAAAUUAAUUUAAUUUAGUAAGCUUAUUAUUUUGAAGGAAAUAAUCAAACACUUUAAUGCCCAAAGUUAAACUCUAUAGAUUUCAUGAUAAAAGAAAUAGAGAAAUCAAAAACAACAGAAAACAAUAAAAAAUAAAUACUAAAUUUUCUAAAUAAGCUUCGCUAAAAAACGAUCGAUAAUCUUAUUUCAGAGGCAAAAAUGUAGUAAAUAGAAAAAGUGUAUUCGAAAUACACUUAGGAAUUUGAAAUUAUGAAAAAAGUACUUUCUACUACAACUUUUUGUACAAAUUGUAAAGAGUUAUUUCUCCCAGAGUAAAAUCACGAAACUGCUUGCUUUUAUCAUCCUGGCAAACUUAAAUAUUUUAGUUGUAGAACGUGUGGUGCAGAUGAUUACUACACUUGUUGUCUUAAAUGUUCAAGAUGUUGCAUAGGUUGUGCUAAUUCUGCACAUAUAGCUUGA